UCCGAGGGAAGUUGUCUAUCGACAACAGGAUGAAAGGUAAGAAGGCAGACAAGAAGAAGUCGGGUGAUACAAUGUAUCCACACAACCUAGGAUUUUCCGCUUUGGAUUCAAUAAAUGCUAAAGUCAAUGAUGCCUUGGCUGAAUUUGAUAAAGAAAUGGACUGGUUGCAUGAACUGUUGUUUGAAUGUAAGAAGACGUUUGCAAAGCCUGAGAUACAGCUGUUACCAAAAACACCUUCACAGAAGAGAGGGAGAAAAGCAAAAAGACCAACUAAAUUUUCAGAUUCUGAGGACGUGUUUGAGCCAGCUUCAAAAAGACAAAGUCUAAAACUUGAUGAUGGUGAGGAAGCUGACGUGGAAGAGAACUGUUUGAGCUCUCCACCAAACAGGUCAUACAGAACAAGAGCCACAUCAAGGACUGCCACCACUGCCAGACCAAAAAGGAACACCCGCACCACAAAAAAUGUGAAGAUAAAAACAGAAACAACUAAAGAACCAGUUAUGUCGUUCACAAAACAAAUAGAAUCACAGAUGGCUGAAAGCAGAACGCCUGUAAAAGAAUAUUCAAUAAAUCCUGAAAAUGCAGAUACAAAUUUGACACCUAUUAAUAAAGUGAAUAGUGUAACACUGUUGACAGACAAAGUGUGUGAUAUGGAUACAGAAACUCCCUGCAAAGGUCCUCAGAUUGAUUAUGCGCAGGAGACGGAAACCCCCAAAGGUCCUCAGAUAGAUAAUGCGCAUGAGACAGAAACACCUCAAUUCUCAAAUGAUAAAGACAUAAUAGUCCAAGAAACACCAGAAAUGAUUAUUUCUGCUCCAUCAACACCUGUAACAGUUGUGAAGGCAGCACGUUCUGAUGAAAAUACACCCAUUACUCCAAACACUACACAAACCAUUCAGGAGAGUCCUGAAAAAAUAGUAAAAGACAGUUCUGAGUCACAGGAUAAAAAACCAAGAAAUAGUGUUAGAAAAUCACUUAAACAUGGUAAAACUUUGAAUUCUUCAUCAAGACUGUCUUCUAUUAAACGUUUGUCUGUGGCUGCUUUACAUGCUGUAGAGACGGCAGCCAAGCAGUCAAUGCUUCAACAAUCAGAAUCUUCAGAUGAAUUGUCCCAGUCAAAGGUACAGAGCCCAGAAGAAAAACCUGUUCGUGCACGUACAAGACUACGAUUGAAGAAGGGUUCACAGAAUACUGAUAGUGUUUCCUCCGUUGCAUCAGACAAAUCAGCAACAUCAUCACAGGGAUCGGUUGCAGAUCUUGAUAACACGUCAGAAGAUGACAAACCACAACGAAGUACCAGAACAAAAACUAGGAAACCCAAGACAGAAUCUGUGUCAAAAACCAGAACGAAAACACGUAAUAAACAUCAAUCUGGUCAGGAUCAGUCAUCAGCUGACUUAAGUGAUGACGAAGUCAUGUUGAUCAGUGAUUGUGAUUCACCAAAAUCUAAAGAACAUCAAAGACUAAGUGCUAAUACUACAGAAGAUGAUUGUGCUUUUACAAAUGACAUUAAACCUGUGAGGGCCAGCACGAGGACAAAGCAAAAGAAGAACUCAAGUAAAGUUGACUCUGAAAAUGAGGAUUCUGGUAUCUGUUCUAAAUCACAGUCAGAGACUAGUAUUCCAAGAACACGGUCAAAGAUGCGACCACCAAAAUCAUCGACAAUGUCUUCUGAUGAACAGAGUGAAAAAGAGGAACGAUUCGUCAAACCAGAAAAUCCACCACCAAGAACAAGAACAAAAACCAAAAAGAGAGUGUUGUCAGAUGAUGAAGCAGAUAUGUCUAUAUCAAAAAAAAGUUGUCUGGAUCAAAACGAUAUUUCAGAUAUGUCUGUUGGUUUACCUAUCAGUAAUAGUACCUUUAUGUCAGGGAAACAAGAUGAAACAAAACAGUUUACUGAUGAGGAAUGUGCCAGCAGUAGCAGUGACUAUGAUUCUCCAGUUUGCCCUAAAGACAAGGUGAUUAGACCUAAGCCAAAUAUCAAGACCUUCCAGCAUAAUCUUAGCACUAAAGUAGUUCUUUCUAACAAGCCAGGCAUUGUCAAGUCUUUCAUUAAGAGAAACAGUCCUGUUAAAAAAUUAACACCAAAGCAAGCACACGAGCAAAGAAAAAGAGAACUUUUGGAGAAAGAGAGAAAAGAGCAGGAAAGAUUACAAAGAAGACAAAUUGAGAUGCAACAGAAGAUAGAAGAACAAAGAAAGAAAAAUGAUGAAAAGAUGAAGAAAGUUGCUGACGCAAGAGAACAGAAAGCCAAGCGAGACCAAGAAAUUAGAGAAAAGUUAAUGAAGAAAUUAGAAGAAAAGAGACAUCUAACUGAAAAACAAAAAGAAGAAAAGGCAAAAGAAGACCAAGAAAAACAGCACUUGAGAGUGAAGAAGUUGUAUGAGGCAGAAGAAAGAAGAAAAAAAGAGGAAGAUGAACGACAGCAGAAAAUACAACUUCAGGAGGAAGAAAAUAGAAUGUUAAAGGAGGUGAUGAUAAGGAAGAAAGAUUUUGAGGAACAGGAAAGACAGAAGAAAGUAGCAGAAGAAAAAAGAAAGUAUGAAGAAAGGGUGGCAGCAAUGGCAGCUUUAGAUAAGGAAAGACAGGAAGAAAGAGAAGCGAGAGAGGAGGAAAAGGCAAAGGAACAACAAAAGAUCAGAGAAGAAAGGGAAAAACAAAUGGCUCUGGAGAAAGCUGCAAAAGAAAAGCAAGCAUUAGAACAGAAGAAACAAAAAGACAAGCUAUUAAAAGAAAGAAUGGAAAAGAUCAAGGAGCUGGAAAAGAAAAGACUUGCAGAGGAAGAAAAACUACGAGCUGACCUAAAAGAACGGGAUGAAGCAGUGAAACAGAUUAUCAAUAAUCACAAUACAAGCUUGAAAAAUACCAAAGAAGAAAUUCUAAGGGCUGCCUACUCAAGUGCUUUAGCUGGCCUGAAUACAACACAGACUUAUAGUAAACCUCAUAAUCCAGACUCAUAUGAUAUGACUCCAGCUAAAACAUACAAACCCAGUACUUUUGAAACAUAUGACAUAUCAGGGUUGAAAUCUGAUGACUCAACAGAUGAUGAAGAUGCUCCAAAGAAAAGGAUUCCUCCAUGGGCUUCAGGUCCAAACUUAAAGGCUGCUCUGAUAAACCAACAUUACCAUCCUCCAGAUUUAGAGAGCAUGUUUGAUGAAAUAUCACCUCCAGACCUCAAUGAACUUUUUGUUAAGAAAAAGGCCAGAUUUAACAAACGUACAAGUUCAGCACACUGGGACUCUCCCAUUAUGCGUCCUGGAUCAGUUGUGUUGAAUUGGUAAAGAAAAAAGUUGUGAUUAUAUUAUGUGUGCAACUGCAAUAAAGGACUGGUCCAUCCACAUUCAUUUGAUAUUUGUUGGUGAUGCAGAGAUAUGAUUUAGGUUUCAUAUAUUUCAGCAAAAAAGACAUCCAUUUAAUUUAAAUUUCGUAUAAUAUGGAAUACAAUGUCUUUAUUUUUGUCCAAUAUUGUAGAGGUAAAAUCAGAAGGGAGGAUAAAAGGUGUGGAUUAAUAAAUUUAUAUAAGAAUCAUGGAUAUAUCAUCAGUGAGGGUGAAACAGUGUAUGAUAAGUUAGAUUUGAGAGAUUUUUUGUGUUUGCUUGAGGCAACAAUAUUUUGUGCGGAAUUUGAAGUUGACAGAUGCUACAUUUGCAUGGUGAAUUCUGAUUGAGUUUGUGUGAAGAUUUUAUACUUGAAGGUUAUCUUUCUUGACAUGAAAUUUUAUGUUUUUUUAUUCAUAAUCAUAAUUUGUGGUGUUUAUAAUGUACUUGCUGUCUACAAAAAAAUUUCACUAGUGAGAAGAACACUCAUAAAUGUUAAAACUAUAAUAAUUGCAUCAAUUUGGCACAUAAAGAAAUUUGUUAAAAUUAUAAAGUAGGAAAGUUUAUUUAUAUUAAUUCAAACUUUGAAGAACAAUAAAUUCUUGAUCUUGAAUAAAAGGUAAACAUGAUAAAUUAAGAGAUUUACACCCCGGAUUGGUUGAAUAAUUAUCUAUUUUAAUUUAAUCAGUUCAAACUUUUCACAGAUACAUUUCAGUUAUUGUGGAUUCAUAAUUAUUCGUUGGAUACCAAUUUUUAUGUACUUCCUGGGUACAGAGGAACCACACAUUAAAAUGUUUAGCAAAUUACAAAUUUCUAUAGGUAUGUAUGCAGACUGGCAAAACCAAAAACAAAAAUUGAAUAUCCACGAAAAUGACAUUUUCCUCUUUCCACAAAAAUUGGUAUCAACAAAAAUAAAUGUCAGAAUCCACAGUAUAUGCUUAUGCCAAUCGAAUGUACAAGUUUUUUCUAGGGAUCAUGUAAAUCUCUCCAUGCAAAUGUUGCGCUGGCGUGUGUGUAUAGGUAGCAUGUUGUUUGCUUGAUCAGAAGAAUGUAGGAGGGAAAGAAUGAGUGAGAAACAAGAAAUGAUAGUUUAUGUGGCUA